GCUCGGCCAGGGCUGAGCGGGUCCGCAGCGCGCAGGCGCAGUCGGCCUGCGCGCUUUUCGGAAGCCGCCAGCGUGUGGGGGUCCGGGCGGCGCGGCGCGGAGGGGCCGGGCCGGGCGGAAGCGACAGGCGCGGGCAGGCCAACGCGGGCCCAGACCCUCCGGGGCGGCGGCGGGGCCUGGCGGCGGAGGGGCGGCGGCCGGAGCGGUCCUCGCAGGGGCGUGCCCUCCCGUGCUCUCAGGUGAGGCCCAGGACUCGGCAGUGACAGAGGCUUGCUUGAGCUCAUUCCUGUGUUUUCCUUGGAGACCAGACUUCAACCCCAGGCUUGGCUCGAACCUGUACCAUGCAGGCUCCGAGCUCCCGGGCCGUGCACCUGAGCGAGUGGCGGAAGAACUACUUUGUGGUCACGUCCGGCACAUGCCCGGCGGCGCAGAAGGCAGAGGCCUACCGGGCACAGGUGCUGCGCGUCCAGUACGCAUGCGCCAGCUCCGAGAUCUCCCCGGUCUGCGCCUCCAGGCUGUUCAGAAAGUACGCAGAGAAGUACUCGGCCAUCGUCGAUUCUGACAACGCUGAAACCGGCUUGAAUAACUACGCAGAGAGCGUCUUAACUUUAGCGAGGUGCCAGCAGGCGGACAGUGGCCAGUGGCAGUCGGGCCUGUCGGUGAGCAGUGUCUUCCAGAUGCCCAGCGUGCAGGCGAUGAUGCGGGCGGGCGAGGAGCUCCGCGGCUCCCUGCUGGGCGCGGCUGACCCUUCGGCGGUGAUCCCCGGCCGGGCCGUGGCCCCCAAGCCUCCCGCGGUUAGCGCUGGUGCUGGUUCUGGAGAGAGCGCCCCAUUGGCUAAGCCAGCUCACGGGCCAGGCUGGGCCCCGGGCGUCCCAGAGAGCCGUCCCUCGGGCCCUCUGAGUGCCCAGCCCCCUGUGGCGAGUAACGCCCCCAAGACGUGUCCCACGGCCUCCGCACCCUUUGGCAACUGGGCCACCCCGCUAUUUGGAAACGUCAGGAAGGAAACCGGCAGCACUCCCAAAGCCAGCCCGGGCCUGGGUCUGUUCCUGGCCCAGCAGCCUCUCGCCCCUCCCGGCAGUGACGGCCCCUGGGACAGGAGCACGUUCGACGGCGCUGGCCCUGCCGAUGCCCUUUCUGCCCCGGCCCCGAGCAGGGCCCUCAGGAAGACAGAGGGCAGCGGCCCCCGGGAGGAAGGUGGCCUGCCGACCUUCAAAACCGCAAAGGAGCAGCUGUGGGUGGAGCAGCAGAAAAAGCACCACCCUGCUGCCCGGGCGGCGGCGUCCUCCAGUGGCGGUGGCAAGAAGUGCCUGGGAGCCAGUCGGUCCCGAGGGAUUUUUGGGAAGUUUGUUCCUCCCGUACCUAAGCCAGAGGGGGGGGACGCGAACGGGGGGGUGCAGUACAAGCCCGACAGUGCCGGGCCCGCAGAGCCAGCGCCCCCCGUGGACGAGCGUCUGAAGAGCUUGGAGCCCAAGAUGAUCGAGCUGAUCAUGAGUGAGAUCAUGGACCAGGGGCCGCCGGUGACCUGGGACGACAUCGCGGGGGUGGAGUUCGCCAAGGCCACCAUCAAGGAGAUCGUCGUGUGGCCCAUGCUGAGGCCCGACAUCUUCACGGGCCUGCGGGGCCCGCCCAAGGGGAUCCUGCUCUUCGGGCCGCCUGGGACCGGGAAAACCCUCAUCGGCAAGUGCAUCGCCAGCCAGUCCGGGGCCACCUUCUUCAGCAUCUCCGCCUCCUCCCUGACCUCCAAGUGGGUGGGCGAGGGCGAGAAGAUGGUCCGCGCGCUGUUCGCCGUGGCGCGGUGCCAGCAGCCCGCGGUGAUCUUCAUCGACGAGAUCGACUCCCUGCUGUCCCAGCGGGCGGACGGCGAGCACGAGUCCUCUCGGAGGAUCAAGACCGAGUUCCUGGUGCAGCUGGACGGAGCCACCACGUCUUCCGAAGACCGCAUUCUAGUCGUGGGAGCAACCAACCGGCCUCAGGAAAUCGACGAGGCGGCCCGCAGGAGGCUGGUGAAGAGGCUCUACAUCCCGCUCCCGGAGGCCUCCGCCCGGAGGCAGAUAGUGACGCGCCUGAUGUCCCGGGAGCAGUGCUGCCUCCGCGAGGAGGAGCUGGAGCUGGUGGUGCAGCGCUCGGAGGGGUUCUCGGGCGCCGAUAUGACGCAACUGUGCCGGGAGGCGUCCCUCGGCCCCAUCCGCAGCUUACAGGCCGCCGACAUCGCCACCAUCACGGCCGACCAGGUCCCGCCCAUCGCUUACGGGGACUUCGAAAAGGCAUUCAGGACUGUGCGACCCAGCGUGUCUCCCACGGACUUGGAGCUUUACGAGAACUGGAACAGAACCUUCGGCUGUGGGAAGUGAGCAGGCCCCCCCAGUCAAAGAGGCACCGUGUGGCUCAGUCUUUCCCGGCCUUGAGCUCCGGACCCUGGGGAGUGUGUGUCCGGAACCCAGAACCGCAGGUGGAGCCAUUGCAGCUGACAGCCUGUGCUGCUAGAAGCCUGGUUUUCUUCCAGUUACUCCCUGAUGUGUACCUGGUCACACCCAACGUGAGGGUCUUGUUUCUAACACUUUUCUUUUCAGGGUGUAGUGAGCCCAGAUUGAAACACAGUCAGUCCUACGUAUAAACGAGGGUGUGUCACUUACACGUACCUUUUAUGGCUGGGCUGUGGUUACCUUUGAGACGGCGUGUUCCCUGUUGCUUAAGAGGGAAAGUGCCCUUUUUUACUUCGGGUUUUGACCUCUUGCUGUUGUCCUCUCUUCCCAAGACCUGCUAAUAAAACACGUUCACAGGGGGAAAGUGUGGCCCACUAGCAGAUGCACUGUGGGCUUGAAGGUGCAUGGUUUUCUAGGGCAGGUGUUGUCUGACUGUGUAUGACACUAGGUGACAGCGAGGUAUUGGUAUCUAAACACAUUUGCAGGUGUCUGAGGGCGCACUCUGCUGUACGAAUGGACACGUUCGCUGUGGAAGAAAGGACUGUGCCCUCCCCUCUGGGAAAGCACUGCAAACAGCUGGGUACAGUGCUUCCAGGUGUUUCCACAGCAUUCUCCCGUACCCUCUCUCCCGUACCCUCACUCUCUCCCGUACCCUCACUUCUCUCCCGUACCCUCACUCUCUCCCGUACCCUCACUUCUCUCUGUUUCCCAUUAGCAUUCACUCUCUCCCGUACCCUCACUUCUCUCCGUUUCCCGUUAGCAUUCAUUCUCUCCCGUACCCUCACUCUCUCCCGUACCCUCACUUCUCUCCCGUACCCUCACUUCUCUCCGUUUCCCGUUAGCAUUCAUUCUCUCCCGUACCCUCACUUCUCUCCCGUACCCUCACUUCUCUUCUGUACCCUCACUUCUCUCCUGUACCCUCACUUCUCUCCGUUUCCCUUUAGCAUUCAUUCUCUCCCGUACCCUCACUUCUCUCCGUUUCCCGUUAGCAUUCAUUCUCUCCCGUACCCUCACUUCUCUCCGUUUCCCAUUAGCAUUCACUCUCUCCCGUACCCUCACUUCUCUCCGUUUCCCGUUAGCAUUCAUUCUCUCCCGUACCCUCACUUCUCUCCGUUUCCCUUUAGCAUUCAUUCUCUCCCGUACCCUCACUUCUCUCCGUUUCCCUUUAGCAUUCAUUCUCUCCCGUACCCUCACUUCUCUCCGUUUCCCGUUAGCAUUCACUCUCUCCCGUACCCUCACUUCUCUCCGUUUCCCGUUAGCAUUCAUUCUCUCCCGUACCCUCACUUCUCUCCGUUUCCCGUUAGCAUUCACUCUCUCCCGUACCCUCACUUCUCUCCGUUUCCUGUUAGCAUUCAUCGGCAGCAUCUUUCCCUACACGGCCCUGGACUCCGUCGUGGUGACAGCCUCGGGAAGUCGGUCUUUGGAGUGCAGUGAGGGAAGGACAUUGGGCUGUGUUCCUUCUGUUCACUAUAAUUGAAACUAUGUUGACUGCCUACUCACUGAUCUUUCCUACUAGUCAGUAACCUCUGAGCCUGGAGCCAAAAGCAUCAAAAUGUGGAAUUAAACACUGGAAGUUA